AUGGACGAAUCGACGCCUCUGCGCGAUGAAGUGCGCGCGGCCAAGGCGGCGAGCGACGUGCGCCGAGGUAAAACGCUCGUGAUCGCUUGUCUCGGUGUCGUCGCGCUCGUGGGAGUCGGUUCAACACACUUUCCGACGCUCGGCCAAGGCGCGACGCUCGAGGACGGAGCGUACUUGAUGCGAGGGGGUUGGGUCCCAUCGAAGUAUGGGACUAACAUGAUGAAUCAAAACUUCUGCAACUAUAACAUCGGAACCGCUGGAAAUGGACAGUGGGGCUUCGCCUGUUCGCAGCGAUGCGUUGCGUCUGAGGAUCCCUCGGCGGCGAACAACGCUCCAAAGCUCGUGUACCUGAAGAACGAGGGCAAUUUUUACACCCUCACUCGCUUGGACGAGACGGGUGCCGAGUUCCGUUGCGCGACGGACGCUGAUGACACCCUCAGUCGUGGUCCCCCGGGAUGGAGGAAGACUCUAAUUAUGUGUGACGUGCCGAAGGAGGCUGAGGGCGAAGAAAUUUUCGUCGGCGCCAAGUUUACUCUCGCCACGCUGGCAGACGGCAAGACCUCCAUCUAUAGUCAGCAGCGGAACAAGUACUGUCAAGAUAAGGGUGGCAAGCAAGAGUGCUCUUUCCCCGGUACCAUAAGCCCUCACGCGAAGUACGAGUUCGUCAAGGUGGACGACCCAGCGAACCUGUACACCUCGUGCCAGUCAGCUGAGUAA